GCGCUGAUCAGAGAUGGCCGACCGUGAGUAAAAAAGUUGCCUAUUCUUCUUGUUUUACGGUUUACUUUGUAGUCAACUUGGAUGGAAGUUAACUAGUUUGGGGACUGUCUGUUAUUUUUCAAAUCCUAGUCUUGUCUGUGUUUCAGGCGUUCUACUAGUUGUUCGCCAUUUCGGUGGUCGUGGGGAACUGAUGACAAUUUUCUUCAUAUUGUAACGCCAAGUACCCCCAUUUUCAGUCAUUCAGAAACUCAGUUACAAUCAGAAGGCCAGGAUAAUUUGACCGAGCGCUUGUACAUCAUAAUUGCGACUGCAAACCAUGCACUUUCCCAUAAGUUGUGUAGUGGAAGCACGGUUUGGCAUGUUAAGCUGAACGUAUCACUCGGAAAGCUCGAAAGCCUAAUAGCCCAUCUUACUUAUUCCUAUUGCCCUAGCCUCAAGAUGAACACCAAAUAUGAACAAUCGUAACGGUCUAUUCCAUGUUAAAUGUCUAGGUUCCAUUGGAAGGAAUUUCCACCCUAUUCGAAACCAUUGUUAAACUUUGAUCGCGCUCCUAAUGCUGUACGGAAGGUAAUUACCAGAAGCCCAUGAUGUGCAGGUUUUCCUUUUACCUAAAAGCUGAUUUCCGCAAUUGAAUUAGUCCUACCGUACGAUGAUUGUAUGUCUGAGUAACACCAUCCAACCAAUAGCAUCACAGGUCAGACAUAUUCAAGUACGACAACACUGUGCCUAACUGCAGUGUCCACGUUAGUUGAUUUUCUUACUCAAGCAAUAUAUUCCUAUUUCAUUGUAUUUGUCGUGUAGUUGACUGUCUUGCAAUUUCCUUUGUACAAUCGUGCAUUGAUUUCUGGGUCGUUAGUCAAGUAUCAUCUAUGCUACUUCAAUUUCAGCGAGUUAUGCCACAUUUUUGAAGGAGUGUAGUAGCAGUUGUGUUAAUCAUCCUUGUGUUAGCUAUCAUGCUAAUAAUGUAAACUGUGUUCACGCUCCGUCUGUUAAUAAGGUAAAAACUAAAAUCUCCAAAUAGGUUAGAUGUGAUCAACAAGCGGACUGGAUUUGUCCAAUUUAUCAGUCGCGAGUCGGUAAACGACAGCAUAAAGGUUGUGACAAGUGUCCAUCAGCAGGCUGCGAUACCACAUCGACAGUAUGUGGUCAACGGAAUGUAGCUUGAAAGAAUUAUGGGUGGUUCAAAAAAAGAUGAGUUUGAGGAUUGCAAAGUGUAGUGUAAUGAUGAAGCUCAUAGCUUGGUGUAAUAUGAAGAGGGGAUGCAUCUGCACCACUCACCGCCUUUAAGCAGUGAUCAACUUUUUUGGUCGCUUAUAGAAAUCUUGCGGACCACGGUCCUCCAUAACGACAACUUCAUAUUAUCACAAAUGCCGGGUUAUUCUGGGGUUAGUAUUUUCUUGAUUAGUGAAUUGAGUGAAUGACAUCAGUUCUAAGGCUCUUCAAUGUACGACUCUUGCAAUCGGUCGACGUAAAAGUUCGCUUACGCUAACAUGCAGCAGGCCAGUCAAGCUGGCUACCCUCCUUUCCACUACCCAACAGCAAGUGACCAAAAUGCUCAGUUGCUUCAAGGUUAUGCUCUUUCUCAACAAGGAAACCCAGCUGCCGGAGUUCCGGGUUCUAUGUUUGGUGCUCAGUCAGCUGCUUCAUAUAAUUUUGACCAAACAGGCUCUGCUUACAACCAAUCCUCUUCGAUUCCCGUAUGCCAGGUAGACGGUUCACAAGUCCCUAUGCAACCCGCUGCUGGAGGCUUUGCUUAUCCUAAUUUCUCUGGUUCAUUCAACCAGUAUCCUGGAAUGGGGCAAGGGAUGCCUCCUGGAUUGUCAGCUGUCCAAGCAGGCUUCAGUACCGAUAUGCAACAGUUUGGUCCACUCAUGGCUAAUGCUUUUGGACAAACAAUGUCUGCCAAUGGAGCGAUUUUAGAGGCUAUAGCUCACGAACAAGGACUUGCAGGUUUUAAUCCAGUCGCUUUCCUCCAAGACCCAACUGGCACAAACACUCGCGGUGGAUUGGGCUCUGGAAGAGGCAGCAGCCAAAGAGGUGGAUAUAACAAGUUUGGCGGUUCGCGGUCGGGUUCCAACUUACCCAGUGUCACUAAUCCUGAUGGACUCCGGGAGGAUACAAUUUUUGUCAGUAAUCUGCCUCAAAAUAUUGAUCACGAUGUGAUGAAGUCUCAAUUUGGUGUCGUUGGGAAAAUAAAGAUCAAUUCCAAAAGCGGUAUGCCUAUGAUAUGGAUAUUUAAAGAAAAAGGUAUACCUAAAGGGGAAGCGCUUGUAACUUAUGAGGAUCCGAGUUGUGUCCAAUCAGCUAUUCAGUGGUUUAAAGAGCAUGAGUUUUUGGGAAGAAAGAUUGAAGUCAAACAAGCUAUUAACAGUCAAAGACCAGUUAUUAUCCCACCUGGAGGUGGUGGUUUGCUGGGAGGAAAUGGAAAUGGACCAAACAACCCUGCUGCUGCUCUGGCUGUUGCAGCUGUAGCUGCGGCUGCUAGUGGGAACACUGUCGCCAGCUUGAUGAAUAACAGUGCGGCUGCUGCAGCCAGCCUUGCUGCACUUACGGCGAACAACCCUCAGCUGGCAGCCCACUUUGAUUCCAAGGAGUAUCCAGGUAUGGGUCGCGGGGCAAGCACAGCCUCUCGAGGUGCCCGUGGAGCAAUUACUAAUGGUUCUUCUGUAAGGCCUAACGUCGGUUCGGCUCAAGCAGGUUCAAGAGAAGGUGACUGGAGCUGUCCACAGUGUGGUAAUAUCAACUUUUCGUGGCGAGAACAAUGUAAUAGGUGCCAGUCAACACGUUCAGGCGAUGGAUCUAGUAAUCCUGAUACGAAUUCUAGAAAUAACUUAAAUGCAACUACUCGAAGUGCUCAACCGCCUGUCGCAGUUAUGAAUUCCAGUUCUCAACAGAGCAACCCUGGAUUUGGACGAGGCGGGACAAUGAAUCCUACUUCAGGCGCCAAUCGAGGAGGUCGAGGUGGUGGUCCCAUGCGCGGAAGUAGUGUUGGGACAGGUCGAGCACGUCCAGCGCCUUAUUAAGUUAUCUAAAUUUGUCAUUGUAGGAAAAUAUCUUGAAAUAUGCUUUCAUGAUGCAUUUCAGGUCUCUGCAAUUGGUGUCUGUUGUCUCACUAACUAGAUGGUUUGUGAAAUAUUGUAUUUGAACUAUGUAAUUAUGGUCAUUUAAUCCAAUAAUUGUUAUAUGCUCUACUCC